GUGAAGAAAAAGCAGAGAAUAAAAAGAGACCGGAUGUUGACAAAUUUCAUGUCACUGUUCUUAGAACGUCGUUUGUUUGUGCCAAGAUUUCUUAUCUGGGAUCUCUCUCUCUCUCUCUCUGAAGGCCUAAAAAAAGCUUCCAUUUCGCCCUUUUGUUCUCCUCCUGUUAUGUUGUAGAGAGAGAGAUAGAGGGAGGGACGGGAGAGAGAGUGGCCCGCAGCAGAUCGAGGGGGACUCGACCAUGUUAUUCCCCUCACCCGCUGUUGUUCCGUGGGAGAGGAUCUGAGCUCGUUCAAUGUUGUUGGGUGUCGGAACCCACUCCCCCCUGAUCCUUCUUCCCAUUAUUAUCACCUCAAUUUCCCCUUAAAUCUCCAUUCCCCAUUUAAAAUAUAGCCACAGCCCAAAAUUUCCCCUGAUGUGGAGAUUCUGCUGAGUGAUUGGAUCCAUCCAUGGGGGAUUUCCUCGGGCGGACGAGGAGGAGGAGGAGGUGGAGCAGCUGCUAAUAAUAGGAAUGGGAACAGAAGUCCAUAUCAAAAGCAACUUGACAGCGUAUCUUUCAAUGAGGGACCUUAAUGAGGACUCUAAUGGUUGUAGCUGGCCCAUAAUUUAUGGAGACAAAGCCCUUCAGAAUGGGCUAUAUCAGAACGGUGUAUUACCAAGGGCUGCUACUGAUGCCUACCUUGUAUAUGACAAAGAUAUUGUGAAACAGACAAUGCUCGAGCACGAGGCUAUAUUCAGGGAUCAGGUAUGCGAACUUCAUCGUCUAUACGGGAGACAGAGGGUCCUGAUGGACAAGUGGAAAAGGAAAGACCUGCAGAAGAGUCAGGUUCCUAACGAAACAUCAUUAGCAUCAAGCUCCUUAAUGUCUCAUAACACAUGCGAAGGUGCUCGGAAAUGGCAAAUCAGUAGUGGGCCCUUAGUAAGCCCGAGUCAGGUGAGGCCUUCUACAUCAGAGUUCAUGCAUUCUCCUGUCAGUUCUGCAAAGGGGGAAACUGUUUUUGCUUCCCAAAAUGGUGGUAGUUUGAAUACUUCCGAGUCAAGACCCUCCAAGGUCAGGAGGAAGAUGUUUGAUCUUCAUCUCCCAGCAGAUCAGUACAUUGAUACUGAUGAACAGGACCCACCCAAGGAUGAUAACUCACAGGGAACUUUUGGUAGUUUCGGAGACCAAGACCACAGAGCCAAAACUGAGAAUGGUGUAAAUCUUUUCUUUGGAAAGAAAGAGUUUGAUGCGAAGGGCAGAAAUAUGGCCGAUCUGAAUGAGCCCGUUUCAGUUGAAGACACAAAUCCUUUCUCUAAUGGGGAGUCUGCUAAAUCACAGCCAUCUUUUCUAGGCUUACCUCCUGAAAGUUCUCUUAACUCUCAUAAUGGAAACCGUACUGAGACUGCUAACAGCUUUCCUUCAGGCAGUGAUGUGAAAGGAAGAGGGUGGCUCUCUCAUGUGCUCGAACCUGGGGACGGUAGAGGCAAGAAAUCUGUUUUUCGAGGUGUCUGGGCGAACAGUUACAUGCCUCAGCAGCAAAUGCAAGGUCUGUUCAACAAAGUUCACGAGACUCCGUCCUACUCGCAUGCUGACCAAAAGGUUGGCCUUAGCAGGGAUAGGUCCUUUUGCGGUUUUGGAAUGUCUGAAAGCAUUAAAAGCCCAGAAUCAGUUUUGGUCUCUCAAUUCCCGAGUCAAUUGCCGAUCGCUUCCUCAGAUGAUUUGUCCAAGUCCUCAUGGCCUCAGUCGGUGUCUAUUUGGGAAAAGCCAGGCAGUAGUUUAACUCAGAAACCAUUGCCAGUUGAAAUUCAUCAGUUUGAGGCAUCUCAGCGUGCAGCUCAGAGCUAUGGAAUAUUCAGCGAAAAGUGGCAAGACAGAAAUGUGGCUUCAUCGAACUCAGGUUUUGGUGAGUUGCCUAAUAGGCAAAAUGGAUUUUAUCAUGGGUCUUCUUCGGGUUCCAAAGAAUUGUCGGGCUUGAAUCACGUUCCCUCUCUCAGCUACGACUACUUUAAGAGUCAUAAUGAUGGAGGAGUAAACUUGAAUGUGAUACCGAGGAGUGGUCCAAAUGAUCCUGUUCUUACCCAAGGUUUUGGGAUUGCUAAUGUUGAAAGGAAGCAGCGGGAGGAUGAGAUGGUGACUCUGCCUUGGCUUAGAGCUAAAGCAGUUGGUAAGAGUGAACUGGUUGUCAUAAAUGAUCUCAAUUCUCGAGAACCGAAGCUGUUAGAUUCAUCUCCUCCUUUGCUUGCCAGCAAAAAUGAAGCUGGAAAAUGGGGCCAGUGUUCCAGUGAAGCUGAUCUAAAGAGGGUUGAUGUGGGCGAAUGUCUGAGUGAUAGAAAACUCUUUGGGCGGCCAGUUUUUGAUAGGCCCAAAAAUGAGCCAUCGUCUCUUAACUCCCUCUCUCAUCGAUCUGAAGGAAAAGUCGUGGAAAAUGAGAGGAAAGUUAGACUACUCGACAUUAACUUGCCAUGCGACCCCUUUCCUGAGUUGACCAGAGAGGAAAAUUCAGCUGGAACAGAGAUUGUACAGAACAAAGGAUCAGAUCCAAUUCCAAAGUCCUCUUGUUCAAGGCAUCAGAUUAUCGAUCUGAAUUCAUGCUUAAGUGAGGAUGAGACUUCUUUGGCUCCGCCUGUUUUGUAUACCGAUAGAAAGCACAUGCCUAUCAUAGAUCUUGAGGUUCCUGCAGUCCCAGAGAACGAGGAUGAUGUUUUCACAGGACAGGUUUUGGAACAGCCUCGUGAAACCUCUGUGCAGAAACCUGAAGAAUCAAUGGACGACCUUUGUAAAGUAGCAGCAGAGGCAAUAGUUGCCAUCUCGUCAGCUUGUCUCAAAGAUUGUGCCAGUGAUACAGUUGAGGACUUGACAGAAUGCAAGGAAGACCGGCUUAACUGGUUUGUUGAUCUGAUCUUGUCUUGUGGUGUGCCCGAUGAGAGCAGGCCCAGAGCAUGCUCUUGGAGAGGCAAAAGUGAUGGUGGGAAUGACUGUGAAUCCCCAUCAGAAGAGGUUGAUUUCUUCGAGCUGAUGACCCUAAAGCUGACUGAGACCAAAUCUGAGGACUACCUUCCUAAACCUUUUGUGCCAGAGACCUUUGAUGUGGAUGAGUCUGCUGCUGCCACUUCAGCUCCUGCCCGGCCCCGGAGAGGCCAGGCGAGGAGGGGAAGGCAGAGGAGGGACUUCCAAAGGGACAUCCUCCCUGGGCUCGCUUCCUUAUCGAGGCACGAGGUGACUGAGGAUCUUCAGACAUUUGGGGGACUGAUGAGGGCCACGGGCUACCAUUCGUGGCAGUCAGGCCUGACAAGGAGGAACUCGUCUAGAAACGGGCCUGCUAGAGGAAGGCGGAGAUCCACUGUAGCUGUCAGCGUCAGCCCCUCGUCAGGAUCUGGUUCACCAGGCCCUACUCUGACUCCGCUGAUUCAGCAACUUAAUAACAUUGAGACAGGGGGACUUGAGGAGAGGAAAAGCCUCACUGGGUGGGGGAAGACCACGAGGAGGCCUCGCAGACAGAGAUGUCCUGCCGGUAACCCUCCCAUCAUCCACUUAACGUGAAUCGUGAUUGAUGGCUGCAGUUUAUUUGAGUGCUUGCUGUGGGCUGCUAUGGAGGAAACAAUCUGUUCUCCUCAUGUACAUUCUUUUGCCAUAAACCUGGUGCCUUGCUGUGGAUGUCUUCGAAGUUACCUUUCGUGAAUAAUGCUGAAAAUUGUGUCGGGAUGAUGGCAAGUAUUUGUUAAUAUUCAUUUGUGAGUCCAUCAACAUUCUCAAGGACUUAUAAGCUCGAUAGGGUUCGUGGGUGAUGGUUCUUCUCCUUCUGUGCCGAGAGAUCCAGAGACAUGGAAAAAAUCUGGCGGGUAAGGGGACUAUUUCAGUUGCAGAAGAUGAACAGCUGCGGCAGGUACAUUUGACGGGGUUUGUUUGGCUUCUAUUCGGCUCCAUUGUACACAUGAAUCUUGUGAUCAUCGAAGCCACAGUGUUAUGAACGGGACUUCAAAAAGUUAAUUCUCUUGCCAAUGUUUCAGUCUUGAUUGCGCUGGAGACAACGUGGGAGGAGGUUCAGACUUAGGGAGUGCCCGUUGUGGUUGGUGGCUUAAGCGUAUCUUAACCAUACUCUAGAUGAAACAGUCUGUUCCAUCCUUAGCUAGCUUUGGGUAUACAUUCCUAAUGCUUCAAGUUUGGUACUUCGAAUUCUGGAUCAACUAGAAGAGAGAGAAAUAAACCAGUUGGUUGAAUCAAUUCUGUCGGUUAUCUUCGAUCUUCAUUCGAUAAUCUAUACAAUCCUUUUGUAGAUCUUCAGUUGCUGUUCAUAGCAUAGUCGAUUGAGUGCAUACUAUCAACUUACGGCCGA